AUGAAGCUCGCAUUUCCACCAGUAGCGCAUGGAGCUACUCGGAGAGGGUUAGGAGUAUCAUUAUGCAAUAAGAACUAUACAACCCGAUCCCUAGGGACGGCCCUCACCCUCCGAAGCUCUCCGCUUGUACCAUAUCACCAACACCGAUCACGUUCACAAUGCGCCAAACGACACAACAGCGAUGCCGCAGCACCUUUGACAAAGAACCCCAAUACAAAUACAAAUGGAAAUCAAACACACACGCCCAUCUCUAUAUCCGACCAAGUCCGCCUCCUCAUGCGACGAGUCCCUUACCCAGUCGCAAUCAUAACAGCAACCGACCCCUCUGGCCCGGCCGAUACAUCUUCCUUCCGCGGAAUGACAGUCUCGUCAUUUAGCACCGUAACUCUUACACCGCACCCCGUCAUCUCAUUUAAUGUGCGCCGGCCAUCAGAGACGCUAAACGCAUUGCUUGCUUCGGGCCGGUUCCUGGUUCACCUGCUAGCACCAGGUCCCGCGACAGCGACACUAGCGAGGGAUUUCUCUAGGGGGAAUAAUACGCUGGCAGCUAUGUUGAGUGGGCAUGGGGAGUUUGAGUUUGCUGCUUUGGAUGUUGGGGCUGAGGGGCAUCAGAGACCACUUCCCAUUCUGAGGCGGAGGGGCGAGGGUUUAACACCGGAGCAGAAGGGUGCUGACUUCCCUUUUGUCUUUGAGUGUGAGCUUCAUCCUAGUAAGAUUGAGGUCCACGACCACUCUAUUGUGCUAGGUACUGUUGUGAGGACGAUUGGGGGUUCUGAAUUUGUUUCCUCAGACUUGGAUGAACAUUCGCCUGGGCGGCUUUGUUUGACAUAUGCCAAUACCAAAUUUUGGAAGAUGGGGGAGGAGUUUUGA